AUGGCUGUGGUUGACUGCGAUACCCCCGCGGCGAAAGAUGGAUGGCCCUCUGUCAUGGAAUGUUUAGACUUUGGGUCCGGAUACGCUUUUCAGAUGUGUUUAUGUGUGUAUGCUAAGAUUAUAGCGUAGGGAAUGUGGAAUCGUUGGGUUUUGUGUAGGGUAUGGGAAUGUAUGGUGUUUGAGGGGUGUGUUUGUUUGUUGUUUGGUCUGCUUGCUUCAUUGCUUCAUUGCUUCACUGCUUGUCUGCACUGCUUGUUUGUAUGCCGCUCUAUCCAUCCUUUCUCAUCAUGUCUCACGCGAGCAGCUGAAUGCAUGAUAACUGCAUAUACACAUUGCCCAACUCACUCCAUACACACAUACACACGCAUACAACAUCCCAUACACACAACCCACCUCGCCCACCACCCCUCCAGGCCCACCUCAGACGAGCCCACCCGUCAACACGGGAAAUCCGAACAUCAUUCGACAUAUACACACAGGCACACAUAACAAUUAAUUAUCCAAUUCACUCCGCGGUUGUUGAAACCCACCCUCCCCACAAAUGCACACACGCACACACACGCACUAUGUUUGACGAUUGAUGCUG